UGCUCGACAGCCUAUCACCACUCACUCCAAGCCUCGGAGGUUCACUCAUCUCCAGAGACUACUGGUCCUCGCGCGCAAUCAAACUCUUCUCCGGCCGCCAUGUCCACCAACGACGGCGUGCCCUCCCGGCGGCGGCCGCAUGCCCUCGUCGUCCCCUUGCCGUCGCGGGGCCACCUCCUGCCGCUCCUCGACUUCGCCCACCGCCUCUCCACCCGCCACGGCGUCGCCCUCACCGUCGCCGUCACGGCCUCCGAUCUCCCCCUCCUCUCCGCCUUCCUCGCAUCCACCCCCCUCGCCGCCGCCCUCCCGAUCCAUCUCCCCGACGCCUCCCUCCACGAGAACUCACACCACGCGCUCCUCGCCGUCCAUCUCUCCGGUAUCAGCGCGCCGCUCCUCUCCUGGGCGCGGUCUCGCCCGGACGAUGCCCCCACCGUCGUCGUCUCCGACUUCUUUCUUGGAUGGGUGCAGCUCCUCGCCGACGACCUCCGUGUCCCCCUCUUCCCGGGUCCCCGUCUUUCCCGUACGAGCAUGUCCCGUCGGUGGUGAGGAGCUACGUCGCCGGCGAUCCGGACUGGGAGCUCGUGCGGGAAGGCUUCUUGCUCAACUCCAGAGCUUGGGGCGCCGUGGUGAAUUCAUUUGACGAGAUCGAGGGCGAGUUCUUGGAGUACCUGAACAGGUUCUUCGGCCAUGGCCGCGUGUGGUCGGUCGGCCCGGUCGCCGACUCCGGCUGCCGGGGAGAGGAGAGGUCAUCGGAAGCAGAGCAGCUGUUCUCCUGGCUCGACACGUGUCCCUCGCGUUCGGUGGUCUAUGUCUGCUUCGGGAGCAUGUACAAGCCGCCGCCGGCCCAGGCGGCGGCGCUGGGCGCCGCGCUGGAGGCGAGCGGCGCGCGGUUCGUCUGGGAGGUGGGCGCGGACGCCGCCGUGGUGCCGGAGGGGCUGGAGGAGAGGACGGCCGCGCGUGGCCGCGUCGUGCGCGGCUGGGCGCCGCAGAUGGAGAUCCUCCGGCACGCCGCCGUGGGCGCGUUCCUGACGCACUGCGGCUGGAACUCGACGCUCGAGGGCGUCGCCGCCGGGGUGCCGCUCCUCGCCUGGCCGAUGAAGGCCGACCAGUUCAUCGACGCGCGGCUCGUGGUCGACCUGCACGGCGCCGGUGUGCGUGCCGCGGAUGGCGCGGGCGCUGUGCCCUACCCGGGGGCGCUCGCGCGCGUGUUCGCCGACGCCGCGGACGCCGGGAAGCUGGCGGAUGUGAGGGCCAAGACCAGCGAGCUCGCCGCGGCCGCCGCGGCGGCGGUGGAGGAAGGUGGCAGCUCGUGGAUCGCGAUGGAGAAGAUGGCGAAUGAGCUGGAAACUGCAUACCUCGAGAGCCAGUGGGUUGUGAUGUCUCUUCCAUGGCGUUUGGCCGAGGCUGCUUAAAGUUCGGACUUCGAGCGGCACGGCGGCGAGAUCGUCAUAGACGAGUACGAGUACGACUACGAGAACCUGCUGCGCCACCGCCACACCGGCCACGAGUUGCAGAACGAUGCGGACGCAGAGCAGCACGGCCGCGCGGUCAGAGAUCCCGAAGGCCGAAGCUGCGGACCUGAUCCUGAUGCGCCAGCGCCACCGCGACACCAGCCACGAGUUGCAGAAUGAUGCGCUUGCCAAACACGACGUGCGAGGUUCGGAACCAGCGCCACUCGCCAAACUCGCCCGAUCAAAUCUACGGUCCCUGCGAAAGGAUGCUUCCCUAUACUACCCAACCAACUGCGAGAACGCUGAGGACUCCGAAUCCAUAUGGGAAACUAUUUCGAUCCUUCGAAGGAUGUCACAUCGUUAUUUGUAUGUCACUUAAAAUAGUUAUGAAGAAAAUUUGAGAAGAUGUAACAUGUAAUAUAUUACUCCAUAAACAUACAAGUUCAAAUUUAACUUCUACAUCUCGCAACGAAAAAAAAUUAAACUAUAGCUAGUUAACAUAUAUUCACAGUUAAAUUUAUUUUGCGAGAUGUAGAAAUUGAAUUUUAA